AUGUACACGGACGUGGUUCUUCAGCUUCUGUACACCCGGACCACAGACGUGGUUCUUCAGCUUCUGUACACCCGGACCACAGACGUGGUUCUUCAGCUUCUGUACACCCGGACCACAGACGUGGAUCUUCAGCCUCUUUACACCCGGACCACAGACGUGGUUCUUCAGCCUCUAUACAUCUGUACCACAGACGUGGAUCUUCAGCCUCUGUACACCCGGACCACAGUUGUGGUUCUUUCCCUUCUUUCGACCCGGACCAUAGACGUGGUUCUUCUGCCUCUCUACACCCGGACCACAGACGUGAUUCUUCAUCUUCUUUACACACGGACCAGAGACGUGGUAUUUCAGCCUCUGUAUACCCGGACCAUAGACGUGGUUCUUAAGCCUCUGUACACCCAGACCACAGAUGUGGUUCUUCUGCUUCUCUACACCUGGACCACAGACGUGAUUCUUCAUCUUCUUUACACAUGGACCAGAGACGUGGUAUUUCAGCCUCUGUACACCCAGACCACAGACGUGGUUCUUCAGCUUCUGUACACACAGACGUGGUUCUUCAGUCUCUUUACACACAAAACCAGAGACGUGGUUCUUCAGUCUCUGUACACCCGGAUCACAGAUGUGGUUCUUCAGCUUCUUUAUACACAGACCACAGACGUGGUUCUUCAGCCCCUGUACACCCUGACCACAGACGUGGUUCUUCAGCUUCUGUACACACAGACGUGGUUCUUCAGUCUCUUUACACACAAACCAGAGACGUGGUUCUUCAGUCUCUGUACACACAGACCAGCGACAUGGUUCUUCAGCCUCUGUACACCCGGACCACAGACGUGGGUCUCCAGCCUCUGAGGACUGAAGGACCUCACGGAGGGAGAGAUGUUUACAUGUUAUUUUUCCUUUCAGCCUCUUCUUUUCUUCCAUGUGUUCUAACUUUCUCGAUCACGUGACGAUGUCCCAGACCGAAUGUUCUUCUAACUUCUGGAUCGCGUGACGAUGUCCCCGGACAGACUUCCCAGUAAGAUCUGCAGAUCUUCUGGCAGAUCCUGCUUUUUUUUGCUACUUUAAAACGGCGAAAGCGAGACCGAGCUGCAUGUGGGACAGAUUGCGUCUCCACUCGGCUGCCUUCAAACAUUUCCACCUGGCUGUACAAACGCUUGCAGCCGCAGGAAAAAAACUAACAGACGGCGAAACUUUCCUUGGCAUGUCUACCAAGUGCUGCACCUGCGACUGACCAGGAACCCGCUCAGUGAGAAGGAGACGCGGAAGUUUCCGGUCCACGUCCAAAAGAAGCCUCAUUGACGUCUGUAUGUUAUAAUUCAUGUUUUUUUCUUUCUUAAAUCCAUAAAAGACUUGAUGAUCUACCAGAUGUUUGCCUCCAAAGUGACAGCAGAGAUGUUUUGUUUUCAUCUCCUCGGCCUUCCACUCCUUUACUUUGCUGCUGUGCACAACUCUUUCUUUUUUUUAUGUCUUCUUUUCUUUCCCUUUUGGAAUACUGCAACAAAGAAAAUGUUUUUCUCCUUGUGUUCACCAAAACUUAUUGUUUGUGUUCAUGUAUGUUAAUAAUCUUUUAUUUUUGUUUUGAAUAAACAUUUCAACACUUGCACCCAU